GCGAAGGGUGUUCGAGCGCUAUAGCCUGGAAGAGAUAGAGCAAAAGUUCCUGCCGUACGAUCACAGCACAGCAGGGGAAUUUAUAUAUGAAGUUAACCCAUCAGAAGGAACCGACAUCUCCCCAGAAGGAUGCCUAAUUCCGCCGAACACUAAGGGAAUAUCUACAAGUAGUGCAUGGCGAGAGCAGGUAGACCACCUACUGUUGGAUAAGAUAAUGAAUAAUCGUAAACUGAUGGCAAAACUAGGAGGCAUGAGUCUCCCUGAGGAUGGUGGCGCGGCCAAUGAUGGCGCGCCAGAAGGAGUAUCCUUCCUGAUGGGUAUCAGUCAUAUGACUGGAGUACCCUUCUCCAUCAUGCACGACCCCACCAUAGCUGACUUGUGGAUGGUGUUGAGAGACAUGUUCUUGACAAUAAACCAGGGGCGUGUUAAAGGCAACAAGCUUACCAAUAUUAAAAUUUCGAUCGCCUCUAGAGAUGGGAAAACCCGCUCUAGCGCAAAGGACUUAGGAACCGCUGUCAUGACUUCAGGAGGGCCCAACGUGGACAGCCACGUACUGGUCUCAGAGCCUGAGAGGCGAAUCGACACGUGGGGCCGGUUAUGCGAAAUCAAUAGGCGAACCGGGAUUACGCAUGAACUAGGAGCAGGGGUUCGAUGGACCAUAACCUUCUAUUCAGAUUUCAGGAACAGGUUCAGUCAAAACACAGCAGUUCAGUUGAUGGACUCCGUCACUGACGGAACCUUGUGGAGUGCUGACCAGCAUCCACAGAAAGAUACUGAGGCUGAGGGAGCAGCUGCGAACUCAACCGAAACAACCGCGGAGGCCGAAGUUUGGCCACCGUGGAAAAACGCCGACAGGGAUGAGCGAGGGCUACCGUUGCCUGACCAACCCAAAGACUUAGGCGUCGACGAUCAGUGGCGAGUAAAACCUGCUACGGAUCAAGAAUUAAUUGACACCAUGAAAAGGAUUGGUGUGACAGAUAACCCAGUGCUCGGGGACUCCAUGAAGCAGCACUUCAAAGAGAUGAUAGCGUACUGUUGGGGUAUGUUUGAUAAAACCCUUAGACCGGUAGACUCAGACCCGGUUGGGAUUCAGUUCUUAGACCCCCGACAGCAGCCUAUUAAACUACAGCCAUACAGACUCAAUGCCCCUAAACUAGCCUUCUUGAAAGACACAAUUCAGGAAUGGAUACGAGAUGGAAGAUCCAGCGUCGAGGGCGGUGGCUGUCUGAUUGUUGGUUACUGCAUAUUGGUGCUCUGGGGCAGCCCCGGCAUCAUUGGGGUUUUGCUUCGCUUCUUGGAUCUAUCGAGCAUCACCUCUCUCCCAGCGUUGGCGCAGCGUUUCGCGGCGGAUCACUCGCGUGUGCUUUUCAUGCUCGCCCGGGCCACACCUACUCUCGAGCGACGCCUCAUGGAAGUGCUGUCUGAUAACGGCUACGAUGCC